AUGGGAGGUAUCCUUAAGAACCCCCUUCCCGAAAGAGAUAGUAAAGUUCAAGAGCCCGAAUCAAUCAGUGAGUUUAGGAAACAGGUGUACAAAAACACACAGUUGAAUGCGAAACUCACGUCAAAAGCAGAGCCUCAAAACGGUGACAUUCCUGUUCUGACUACCCCAAAGAAACAUGGUCUACCAAAGGAUUCACUGUCACUGAAACAUGAUCAGGAUGUGCACACACAGCGUGAGGAGGAAAAUCUGAAAUGGAAUCAGAAGAACUUGGCGGAUAAUGAAAUAACGAAGCAGUUGUACCAAGACAUUCACGUUGACGAACCAAAGACACCGUAUCAGGGCGCGGUCGAUCCAACGGGAGAGUAUUACCGUGUCGACGAUGAAGAUCUCGAAAACUUUGACCUAGGUGAACCUGAAUACAAACCAGUAUCACCAGAGCCUAGCGGUGAACUUCUGAAUGCCCAAGAUGAUGAAAAUGGCAAAGCUGAAGAGGAGGAGCACGACGGUUCAGAAGAAGACGCCGCCGCAAGGCACAAACGUUUUGAAGAAAUGAGGAAGAAGCAUUACAAUAUUAAGGAAGUUUUGAAGAACAAACACUUAUAUGAAGAUGAGGAGGACGAUGAAGAAUAG